UUUGGGGGAAAGGGUUUAGGGAUGGCAACCCCCCUUUUGUUUAUCUCGCGCUCCCACUCUCGCUCUCCGAGAGUAGCCUAUACCUCCAGGUUUCAAUGCAUUUAGUAUGAAAGUGGCCACCAGCGUGGAUAAGGCCUUACGUUACUCAGUCCGUGGGCCAAAGGGUUGCUGUAGCUUGGGUGCUUGUUUUGACCUAAGGUGGUGUGGUGAAGAAUGGGUUCGGUUUCCAAUCAAGAAUUUACAGGCGUCUGUAAGGCAGAUGAGGACGAGGGUCCCAGCGCCGAGGAAGACUCACAGUCCUUCCAUGGGGUCGGUGUGUGCAAGUGGUUUAACGUGCGCAUGGGCUUCGGAUUCCUGUCCAUGACCAACCGAGAGGGGGUACCGCUCGACGAAGCCGUCGACGUGUUCGUCCAUCAGAGCAAGCUGCAUAUGGAGGGCUUCCGCAGCUUGAAGGAGGGCGAGGCGGUGGAGUUCACCUUCAAGAAGUCAUCGAAGGGGCUGGAGUCCCAGCAGGUCACUGGCCCAGAGGGCAACAACUGUGUGGGCAGCGAGAGGAGGCCCAAAGGAAAGAACAUCCAGAAGAGGCGCUCAAAAGGAGACCGGUGCUACAACUGUGGAGGCCUGGAUCACCAUGCUAAGGAGUGCAAGCUGCCACCGCAGCCUAAGAAAUGCCAUUUCUGCCAGAGCAUUGAGCACAUGGUCGCCAACUGCCAAAUCAAAGCACAACAGUCUUCACCGGGUUCUCAGGGAAACCCUUCCUCCUUGAAAGAGGAGGAAGAGGAGCACAGCCACCCGGCGCUGCUGACAGAAACCAGCGAUUAAGAUGG